GUUAGGUCAUCUGUUUUUUAUUUGGCAUUUACAACAACUUUAUUUCCAAACGUGGACACUGGACAGUAGGACUUGAUGCAAUCUGAAACGACAGCUUGGAACACAGCCCUAGAAACACAGGGUAAAAUACCGUUAGGUCAUCUGUUUUUUAUUUGGCAUUUACAACAACGUUAUUUCUAAACGUGGACACUGGACAGUAGGACUUGAGUUGUGAACGAAUAGCUACGCCAUAGCUAUGUGGUUUACUUUUUCUUUCACAGUGUGUGUCGCUAAUUUCUUUUGUAAUAUUUUUGGGGGUAAUGCGUGCCAUACAACUGGUACAAAUAUACCAGUGAUUGCAAAAUAUUUUAGCACUAAAGGCAGGUAUGAGGAAGUAAAUCCCUACUUGAUAGAAGACAUACUGGCUGUAAACAAAUCUCUUUUUCAGCCCCCAUCUCCAGAAUGUCGCGGAAUUCAUCUGACCGCGAUUAUAAGGCACGGUACACGAUAUCCAACAAGCAAAAAUGUCAAGAAAAUGAGGCAACUCCACAACCUGAUUGUGCACGAAGUCUCGGACCAGGAGGUGCAGCGUGAAAUAAAGCAAUGGAAAAUGUGGUACACUGACGAAAUGGACGGUCGGUUAGUACAGAAGGGUGUCGAUGACCACAGGCAUCUGGCAGUCAGGCUGUCAAAGUUAUUUCCCUCACUGAUAUCAGAAGAAAAGCUUCGAGAUGGUUAUAUCAAGUUUAUGACAAGCUCAAAGCACAGAUGUGUGAACAGCACUAUUGCUUUCAAAGGAGGAUUGACACAGCUGUGGAAUAUUAAAGACCAAAAUGUUGACCACGAAGUUAACGAUGCUCUUAUGAGAUUCUUUGACCAUUGUACCAAGUUUGUGGAGACAGUUGAGAAGAACCCACCUGCUCUGGCUGAGUUGGAUAAAUUUAAGUUGGGGGCAGAGAUGACAAGGGUCCAGGAGAAGAUUGCAGACCGACUCACUGUCCCUUAUUCACACAUCACUGCAGAUAUGGCUGAGGCUGCAUUUUACCUGUGUGCGUACGAGUUUGCGAUCAAGACGGAAAACUCUCCCUGGUGUCAACUGUUUGAUGAGAUAGACGCACAGGUUUUGGAGUAUGCAAAUGAUCUGAAGCAAUUUUGGAAAAGAGGUUAUGGUCACGACAUUAACAGCAAGACAAGCUGCAUCCUCUUUCAUGAUGUUUUUAGUCGUCUGGAAAGAGCUGCCGGAGAAAGCAGAUCCGGGGAGAAUGUGACAGAAGCUGUUACCAUCCAGGUGGGCCAUGCCGAGACACUUCUGCCCCUGCUUACCCUCCUAGGCUUCUUUAAGGACAGUGAGGCCCUGACCUCUACCAACUACGCCACACAGAGCCAGAGAUCCUUCCGCACCAGCCAGAUGCUGCCUUACACAGCCAACCUGCUGCUGGUGCUCUACGACUGUGGGGACCAGGGCCUGAGGCUGCAACCAUUCCUGAAUGAGAGGCCCCUGGCCUUCCCAGGCCUGGGUGCCAACGAGGGCUAUGCCCCACUCUACAAAGAUGUCAGAGUGCACUAUGAGUAUCUGCUAGAUGGCUGUGACUUUGAAACAGAGUGCCAGCUGUUUCCACCUCAUUAAAUGGAUCUAAUUCUAUCAGGCAUCCCUAUUCAUGAAUCGAAUAAAAGUGUACAAUGCUUCAUGAUAGUGUGGUUGAAAAAGAUUGUUAUAUCUAAACAUAAGUUUGAUUAAACGUUAGCUACCAUAGUAUUACAGAGGAUGACUGAAAACUAUUAGGAACUGUCCACAGAUUAAACAUAUAGGUGACCAAUUGAAACAAGUCCUUUGAGAUCAACAGGACAUGUUCAGACGAUGCCAAAUCCUUCCAUUUUAAGUGUUACCAGUUGCUUUUGGUGAUUACUAUAACAUACACAACACAGUUAGAUGUUGGACAUACUAUAUACUGUUGCUAUUAUGGUUAUGUUUGUGCUGCUUUAAUGUCCAAAGCAAUUGUUAUGCUUAUGACCAAAGAUAAGACACACCAUAUGGAAAACCUUAUGGGAAAAGGCCAUUUAAUUAUUGAGAAUGGUUUCAUCUAAAUACUUCGUUGAUUAUGGUAACUGGUUUGGUGUGUUUUAAGAAAACCAAAUACUACUUAAAAAGGGUUAUUUAUGGAUCUCUUUUGUUGAUAUUAAUAAACUAAUAAUCAAACUAA